GUUUGACGUUUAGAUUUAAUUUGUGAUUUAAUUGUUUGGUUUGUAGUUUGUUCCAUUCUGAUAUAUGGUUAAUGAUUGAAUCAAUUAAAUAAGUAACAAAUUACUUUAAAAAUAUUAAUAAUCUUUCAUUCACAUGUAAAUUAGGCUUCUUUACCAUUGAAAUGAGUAGUCAUUUUCCGAAUUUGUUGACCGAGCACAAUCAAAUUGACUCGAGAGGAUACACUUCAAACUCGAAGUCAAUAGAGUUUGGACCAUGGCAUAUAUCAUUUGAUGUCAGCUGUAUUCUACCAAGUAUGUGUUCAACCAAAAUUGUUUGUGAACGAAAUGAUGAUCAGUUCUGCCAGUUUUGUAUAUACAGCAGAGAAUUAAGCAUACCACAUUUUCCUGAUAUGAUAUUUCCAAAGAAUAUUCUCAUCUUACAGCAUACCAAUGGUGCUAAAAUAGAGUUUAACCCUCUUGAUGCAUUAAAAAGAGUGUCAGUUAGAACGGAGGCUAUCGAAGUAUCCUGUGCAGAAGAAUGGCUAGAAAGCAGGCCAGGUGCAACAAAAAAGAAGCAACCUUUUGAUUGGACCUUCUCAACAGAUUACAAAGGAACCCUGUCUGGAAAUUUAACUGUUCAGGAUUCUGAAGAGACAAUAGACUUUGAACUCCUAAAAAAGAAAGAACAAAUAUUAUUCUAUCAUGAUCUUACAUUAUUCGAAGACGAAUUACAUGAUCAUGGGAUUUCAAAGCUAUCAGUAAAAAUUAGAGUGAUGCCGACAUAUUGGUAUGUGCUGUUAAGAUAUUUCUUAAGAGUAGAUGAUGUCCUUGUUCGUUCCUUUGAGACCAGAAUGUUUCAUAUAAUCAAUACAGAUUAUGUAUUAAGAGAGUUUACUGCCAAAGAAGCAAGGGCGCAGGAUUUAAAUAUGCCCACAACACACAUGAAGGAUGCAGAUGACGUUAUACCUUACUUGCCUGUCAAGGAAAAAGUAACAGAUAAACUGGUUGUGAAUAUAAAUAAUUAAAAAUAAAGAUCUCAAAGUAU